UGAAAGUGUGACUGAAAACGAACAAUGCAGCAAAUACUGAACACAACAAACAGUGUGCUUCUUCAGACAGUUCUUCUAUUAAUGAACAAUAAUCUGCAGGACACAGGAACUACAAAUGAAGUUCUUCAACCUGAAGAACCCAAAAACAGUUCAGAGGAACUAUGUUAUAGUCCCUUUGGAUGUUACAAGAUGACUCACCCAUGGACAGAUGAUUUUCUGCGACCUGUGAGCUAUAUUCCAGAACCACCAGAUAAAGUGAAUCCAAAAUACUGCCUUUACACAAGGCGUAAUAAGGAUAGUUGUCAGAAUCUGGAUAUUAUAGAUAAUGACACAUUGUUCCGAUCCUAUAUGAUGUCAAAUCACAGGGUCUUCUUUAUCACACAUGGUUUCAUAGAGAAUGGCAACAAGGAAUGGAUAAAGAAUAUGACAAUGGAACUGUUAAAAUUGUCAGAUUGUAGUGUGAUAGUUAUUGAUUGGAGUGAUGGCUCUGGCCCUCCUUACCCUCAAGCAGUCGCAAACAUCAGACUUGUUGGAGCCAUGACAGCUCACUUGAUAAAUAAUUUAAUUGUACAAGUUGGAAUCCAACCGGAGCUCAUUCAUAUAAUUGGGCAUAGUCUUGGUGCCCAUAUGGCUGCAUCUGCUGGGCAAACAAUACAGAGAAAUUUCAAAUACAGAUUAGGCCGCAUUACAGGUCUUGAUCCAGCAGAACCCCACUUCAGUAAGACAGAUCCAAUUGUCCGCCUGGACCCUACAGAUGCAGAUUUUGUAGACGUAAUUCAUACAGAUGCUGGACCAUUCCUCAGUGGAGGGCUGGGUAUCUUGCAGCCUAUUGGACAUGUGGAUUUCUACCCUAAUGGUGGAAUUGAACAACCUGGGUGUCGUAAAAGUGUUAUGUCAUACAUGGCAAAAGGAAGCGGCAGUUUCUAUACAGGUAUUCGACAUAUGUUGGGCUGCAACCAUAUAAGAAGCUACCAGUAUUUCACUGAAUCUAUCAACCCGAGAUCUUGUUAUUUCAUGGGUACAGAAUGUGGUUCUUGGGAGGAAUUUCAGAAUGGUUCUUGCUUUGAUUGUGCUGUUGGGAAUAAAUGUCCUUUCCAGACAAAGUUGGGAUUACAUGCAGAUUCAUAUCUUAGGAAAGGAGCAGAUUAUGGCUCACCACUUAAUCUUCCACCACCACGGACUCAUGUCAAGUUGUUCAUGAUGACUGGAGCAGAAGGACCCUUCUGUCGUCAUCAUUACCGUGUUACAUGGAAGAUUUCUGACUCAUGUAAAAGUUUGCUUCAUGGAGGGGAAGUUGGAAUGAUCUUGGUUACUUUACAAGGAGAUAAGGGAGUUACCAAGAAAAUUGAAUUGACAGAAGCAGUGCGGUAUUAUGAACCAGGGAGUAAGCACCAAGUAACAGUGCCUGGAGAACCUGUUGGGAAAAUGCAUUCUGCUGAACUGCACUGGGAAUACCGCACAAACCCACUGAACCCACUGACAUGGAGACUGUUCCUCACCCCUCGCAUAUACAUUGACCAGAUGCAUAUAGAAAGUAUAGAAGAGAGACAUAGUUUGACAAUCUGUCCUGAAGAAGGAGUACCUCUUCUCACAAGGAAACCAUUGAUGCUUAAUGACAAAACUGGACAGGACGUCUGUAAUCUCAAACCAACACAAAAACAAAAAUCAGAGUGUUUAGAAAGUGUCCACUGAAUAUUUUCCAGUCAAUGAAGGAUCUCAGUCAAUACUUGUAAAUCCCCUACUAUACAAUUACACAUUGUAUUUGCAAAAAGACAUCCAUAUUAUUUCUCCACUUUAUUACAGCAGUCACGCUAAUAAGUUUUAUAUGAGGCAGGAAGUGUCAUCUACAAAAUACGUUAUGAAGAGUUGCAUUUUAAUCAUUCACUACAUUCAUUCAACGUUUUUGUUUAGUUGAUAAUGUAAGAAUAGCAUGAACACAAAGGUUUGUGAUGUGACACUUUAUAGUAACUGAGUUAAUAGUAGAAAAAUGUUGAUACCUUGUUCCAAAAACAUAUGCCUUUAAAUCAACAAAAUUUCAAAAUUCUAUUUCUGAUCAAUUAUUUUUGUUAACACUGACAUUGCAUAAUGGUGCAUGUAGUGAUUCUGUGACUGAUUUAUUAAAAUAAAAAAGUCAGGUAAGCAAACUUAAAGUGAAAUUUAAGUUUCAUUUAAAUGCCACAAUUUCCUUUACCUUUUAUAUACACUGAAUAAAUUAAUUAUCUAAAUGUUUGUUUUUGUUAAAUGAUUAAAGAUCCUUUUGUUUUUGAAUAUCUGCAUAAAAAUGUUACUUAAAACUGUAUGCAGCCACCACAAAUUUUUGCUUCAGGACUGCUGGCAUAAAGGACAGACAUAAUCUUCUCUGCUGUGAUUACAUAAAGUUUAAUUUUGUAUCCAACUUUGGACUGUAACAUCUUAUGAAUUAUAUCUCAUGCUUACAUAAUCAUUUCACAGAAGCAGCAUGCGGAUCUAUCUUUUAGAAACAAACAAGUGUAACACACAGAAAAGCAAAUCAGUUGCUACUGUAUUGAAUGCACUGAAUGUUUUCUGGAACAGACAGUGCAGUACGUUAAAAUUCUCUGUUACUGGUGUCUCAGAAAAGAAUAAUUUUAUAACAGAAGGUUAUAAGUAACAGCCCUUUAUUAGUUAUAAACACUCUGCAUUAAAUCAUGUUACAGCCUUGUACAAAAUACACAUGUAUACUGUGUGGCUCAUACAUAUAAGAAUCCAAUCUCUUGACCUUAUAGGGGAAAGAAAUUAAAAAAUAGCAAACACAAUCAGAGCUAUGUAAGACUUGAGGUUCUCACAGCGGUGAGUAUGAAGAUAUCCGUCUUCUGGGUUAUUGCGCUGUGUAGUCUGGUCGAUGUACCAGACUACACAGCGCAAUAACCCAGAAGACGGAUAUCUUCACAAUCAGAGCUGUGUGACCAGAAUCACUUACCAGUAGAAGUGAUCUGUUUCAGAAAUCACAUUAUGUUAAAAACUGCACUGUCUAUGUUUUUGGGAGGCCUAGACAUAGGGAAGAAGAUAAUAUUAAAGUGGACCUUAAUAUUUAUCAACUUUGGAUCAUACCUUGCACAUAGUACAACUGACUGUUGCAAAUUGUUAAACCCCACCAUUAAUGUCUGGUCAGAAACCAAAAAUACAGGGAUUUAAGUCCCCUAUUCUUUUAUGACAAAGGUUAAAGAAAUAGGGUAUGAUUACAUGAACUACAUUCAGUGACUUAGGAUAGGGUCCAGCAGUGGAUUCUUGUGAAUAUGGUAAUGAACCUUUUGCCUAUGUAAAAGCAUGGAAUUUCUUUACCCGCUGAGUGACUCAGUUUCCCUGUUACUUAGAUUAAGAGUAGUUUUCUAUAUUCAAACUGCAAUUACAAUUUGAAUGUAAUUUCAUAUUAUAUAUAGUAGAUUCUGGUUAACUGGGCCAUCAGUUAAUCGGGGCAGCCGUUUAUUUGGGACAAAUCUUAAAGAACAAACCUUCUUAACUCUUUACGUGGAAAUUCGCAUAAUUGGGGCAGCCGCUUAAUUGGGCCGAGGUGUUCUAGUCCCGACGUGUCCCAAUUAACUGGAAUCCACUGUAUUUGGAAUAGUCCAGUGCAGAGAUAACUAAAACACUGUCAUAAUCUUAAAUCUUGCAUACCGUGCAGUGUACCGAUUUAUAAAAUCAUGCUUACAAGCAAAACUGCUUACACAUUAAAGAACACUUUGUGUCAAACGCGUUUUAACUUGAUGAUGACCUCUUGAGGUCGAAACGCAUUUGGCACAAAGUGUUAUUUAAUGUGUAAGCAGUUUUGUUUGUAAGCAUGAUUUUAUAAAACACUGUCACAGUUUCAUGUCCAUUCAAAGUUCACAUUUUUAAGAGAAGCUGACUGUCUGUAUGCAGUACCACAUUAAGAAAAUAAUUCACACAGCAUGAAUGAUCUUCAUUCACGUGCCUAUUUUAAAAAAUGAGUGUUUUUCUUUACACAGCAUAAAUGAGAAGCCCUCAUUUAUUUCUGACAUCAUGUGUUACAUAUAAUGCCAUAUUUGUUGUUUCUGUUCUAAGGAUUCAUAAUGAAAAUGACAAACACAAGCAGUUUUGGUAUUAAAGUUAUCAAAUCAUAAUCAACUGUCAACCUUUGAGGGCAGAUGUGUUUAUGAUUAUUAUAUAAUGAAUGCAAUAAAAUAUUGUAUUAUAUGCUAUAUAAACUGCAUAAUGUGAGCCAUUGUCAACUAUUUUACACCACAAAGAAAAACAAAGUAAAUUUACAAUUACUUUUUUCUCUUAUCAGUGUUAUCACAUUGGUGUGCAUAACAGUACUUAUCGUAUCACAAAUGUCUUAAUUAUUAACCCAUUUGGGUUUACAUACAUUUAUAACAGUCACAUUAUCAAUGCUGAAAACCAGUGAACAUCAAUGGAGUCCUUUUGCAUUUUCCUUUACAAAGGCUACAUAGACAUGACCAUUGUCUAGAAGAUAUAAAACUUAUUUAAUUAUAUAUCUCAGAUGUGUUGAAUUAUACAAGUAAGAUUAAGCACAGAAGCAGAUCAUACCAUGAAAUAUGUGUUCAGGCCAAUAUUCAAUACUGUUCCAAUUAAUAAUAUAAAUCAUCUGAGAAGAUAACAAAUAGAUUUAUCUGAACACUACUUAAAUAAAAAAAAGUUGUCUCUGUACCUAAAUACCAAGCCAAUGUGUAUGUGGAAGUGGAGGUAGAGCUCCUUACAUUCUGAAGACUGGUAACAGAUGUACGUGAACGGUCACUUUUUUGUUCCUGUGUUUUAUCCCCAAGGAAUGAACCCUACAUUUACAUGAUUAUGAUUCACAGGAAAACAACUUUCAAAUUAAGAUAACAUCAUUCAUUAGUUCCUUUAAAUAACAUCUGAAACAUAUUUAGAGGGGUAUUAGAGUUGCGGAAAAAAAGUUUCAUGUUUUUCAGCUUCCAUGACUUAGGCUCCACGUUUCUGUCAUUACACAAUCACAACAGAUAAAUAAAAUGUUAUCGGCAAUUUGUGUCCUGAAUCACUCAACUGAACAACACUUUCUUGAACAAAUUUAAAAAUAUAAUAUUCAGAUUACACCCAAUAUCUCCACACAAACAUACUUCAUAAUUCAGAAAGAAACCAUUCCAGGUUACCACUAAAAUCUUAAUAAUAUAUGGGUCCAUCGAUGGUCUGGCAGACAACUGAGUAUCAAUUUUAGUAUUGAUACUGUAUGUUCACAAUAUUGAAUAACAACAUAUAUGAUAAAGAUGGCUGUCUUCUGGAUUGUUGCACCAUGUAGUCUGGUAAAGUUUAACAUUUCAGGGCCUCUGAAAUCCUGAUAAACUUCUACCAUACCAGUCGACACCGUGUCACAACCCAGAAGACAGUCAUCUUUGUGCCUACCACUGUGAGAAUAUAUAUGACUAUGAGUAAUUUGCAGUUUUUACCAGUUUAGUGUGUGAUUAUAUCUUUCUUGUUAUUUAUCUGAGCUAUUCAGAGUUGUGUUAACUAUAGUAAGUUCCCUUAUUUGUGGGUAGUAUUUGUGCUAUUUUUUUAAUAUUUAGUCCUGUGUAGAUUUUUAUAGAUACCAUUUUCUUAAUAUGUAUAUUAUAAUGCCUAUUCUUAGACAUGUAAGAAAUAUUCCACACAGCAAAUGAAAAGCGGAAAUAUCAUCCAUAUGCUACCAUACCUACCAUAAUCACUACCACCAUGUCCAGCAUGUUUAUGCUAUUGUUAACCUUUCAACAUAUGACAAACACUUGUAGGAUUUUCUUAUUUAUUAAAGAUUUUAAUAUAUAAUAUUUA